AUGGUUAUCGUUACACGGGGUGAUUAUAUCUGGAUCGAGCCCGUGUCCGGACGAGAGUUCGAUGUAGCGAUCGGGGCUCGCGUAAUCUCAGCGGAGGGACGCCGAAUUCAGGUGCGGGACGACGACGGCAACGAGCAAUGGCUGACGCCGGAGCGGCGCAUCAAGGCGAUGCAUGCCUCCUCGGUGCAGGGCGUCGAGGACAUGAUCUCGCUGGGCGAUCUGCACGAGGCGGGCAUUCUGCGCAAUCUGCUCAUUCGUUACAACGAAAAUUUAAUUUAUACGUACACUGGUUCGAUCCUGGUGGCAGUGAACCCAUACCAGAUUCUACCGAUCUACACCGCCGACCAGAUCAAGCUGUACAAGGAGCGCAAGAUCGGUGAGCUGCCACCGCACAUCUUCGCCAUCGGCGAUAACUCGUACGCACACAUGCGCCGCUACGGCCAGGAUCAGUGCAUCGUCAUUUCGGGCGAAUCGGGCGCGGGCAAGACGGAAAGUACCAAGCUGAUCCUCCAAUAUCUGGCCGCCAUCAGUGGGAAGCACUCGUGGAUUGAGCAGCAGAUUCUCGAGGCCAACCCAAUCCUGGAGGCGUUCGGAAAUGCGAAAACAGUGCGCAAUGACAACUCGUCCCGGUUCGGCAAGUACAUCGAUAUCCACUUCAACAACGCGGGCGUCAUCGAGGGUGCCAAGAUCGAGCAGUAUCUGUUGGAGAAGUCGCGCAUUGUGUCGCAGAACGCGGACGAGCGCAACUACCAUAUAUUCUACUGCCUGCUGGCGGGUUUGUCGGCGGAUGAGAAGCGACGGCUCGAUUUGGGCCAUGCGUCCGACUACCGGUAUCUUACCGGUGGUGGUUGUAUCCGGUGCGAUGGUCGUAACGAUGCGGCCGAGUUCGCCGACAUACGGUCGGCGAUGAAGGUGCUGUGCUUUUCGGAUCACGAAAUCUGGGAGAUUCUGAAGCUGCUGGCCGCCCUGCUGCACACCGGCAACAUCAAGUACAACGCCACCGUGAUCGACAACCUGGACGCGACGGAGAUUCCUGAGCAUAUCAAUGUGGAGCGGGUGGCGAACCUGCUCGAGGUUCCGCUACAGCCGUUCAUCGAUGCACUCACGCGCAAGACGCUGUUCGCGCACGGCGAGACGGUAGUGUCGACGUUGUCCCGCGACCAAUCGAUGGACGUGCGGGACGCGUUCGUGAAGGGCAUCUACGGGCGGCUGUUUGUGCUGAUCGUGAAAAAGAUCAAUCAGGCCAUCUACAAGCCGAAGUCGUCGACGCGCAGCGCGAUCGGUGUGUUGGAUAUCUUCGGCUUUGAGAACUUCGAUCACAACAGCUUCGAGCAGUUCUGCAUCAAUUUCGCCAACGAGAACCUGCAGCAGUUCUUCGUGCAGCACAUCUUCAAGCUCGAGCAGGAGGAGUACAACCACGAGAGCAUCAACUGGCAGCACAUCGAGUUCGUGGACAACCAGGACGCGCUCGAUCUGAUCGCGAUCAAGCAGCUCAACAUUAUGGCGCUGAUCGACGAGGAGAGCAAGUUCCCGAAGGGCACGGACCAGACGAUGCUGGCGAAGCUGCACAAGACCCACGGUACGCACCGGAACUACCUGAAGCCAAAGUCGGACAUCAACACGAGCUUCGGGUUGAACCACUUCGCCGGGGUGGUGUUCUACGACACGCGAGGAUUCCUCGAGAAGAACCGCGACACGUUCAGUGCCGAUCUGCUGCAGCUAAUCUCGAGCUCGACGAACAAGUUCCUGCAGAUGGUGUUCGCGGAGGACAUCGGGAUGGGAGCGGAGACGCGUAAGCGCACCCCGACCCUGUCGACGCAGUUCAAGAAGAGUCUGGACUCGCUGAUGAAGACGCUCAGUCAGUGCCAGCCGUUCUUCAUCCGGUGCAUCAAGCCGAACGAGCUAAAGAAACCGAUGAUGUUCGAUCGGGCGCUGUGCUGCCGGCAGUUGCGCUACUCCGGCAUGAUGGAGACGAUCCGCAUCCGGCGGGCGGGCUACCCGAUUCGGCACAACUUCCGCGAUUUCGUCGAGCGCUAUCGUUUCCUGAUCAACGGUAUCCCACCGGCGCAUCGGACCGACUGCCGGAUGGCUACUUCGAAGAUCUGCGCAACCGUACUCGGUCGAUCGGACUAUCAGCUCGGUCACACGAAGGUGUUCCUGAAGGAUGCGCACGACCUGUUCCUCGAGCAGGAGCGUGAUCGGGUACUGACACGCAAGAUCCUCAUCCUGCAGCGCUCGAUCCGGGGUUGGGUGUACCGACGGCGAUUCCUGCGGAUGCGUCAGGCGGCCGUCACGAUUCAGAAGUACUGGAAGGGUUACGCCCAGCGGCAACGCUAUAAGAAGAUGCGCAUCGGUUACAUGCGGCUGCAGGCGUUGAUCCGCUCGCGAGUACUGAGCCACCGGUUUCGGCACCUCCGGGGGCACAUUGUGCGCCUGCAGGCCCGUAUCCGGGGGUAUCUGGUGCGGCGUGAGUAUGGACACAAGAUGUGGGCGGUGAUCAAAAUCCAAUCGCACGUACGACGUAUGAUUGCGAUGAAGCGCUACCAUAAGCUGAAGCUCGAGUAUCGGCGCCAUCACGAAGCGCUUAGGUUGCGGCGGAUGGAAGAGGAGGAACUUAAACAUCAGGGUAACAAGCGGGCGAAGGAGAUCGCCGAACAGCACUACCGUGACCGGUUGAAUGAGAUCGAACGGAAGGACAUGGAGAUCGAGCUGGAAGAGCGUCGUCGGGUGGAGGUGAAGAAGAACAUCAUCAACGAUGCGGCACGGAAAGCGGACGAACCGGUCGACGACAGCAAGUUGGUGGAGGCCAUGUUCGACUUCCUGCCCGACUCGAGCAGUGAAGCGCCAACACCUCAUGGUGGUCGGGAGACGUCCGUGUUCAACGACCUCCCGGUGAACGCGGGAAGUCACGACGAUAUCAUCGGUCCGAUGCAUGCCAUCUCCGAGGACGAGGAAGACCUAUCCGAGUUCAAGUUCCAGAAGUUCGCCGCCACCUACUUCCAGGGCAACAUCACGCAUUACUACUCUCGAAAGCCGCUUAAACAUCCACUGCUUCCAUUGCACACACAAGGCGAUCAGUUGGCAGCGCAAGCCCUGUGGAUAACGAUCCUACGGUUCACGGGGGACCUACCCGAACCACGCUAUCACACAAUGGACCGGGAUAACACGUCCGUGAUGUCGAAGGUAACGGCCACGCUUGGGCGCAACUUUAUCCGCAGCAAGGAGUUCCAGGAGGCACAGAUGAUGGGACUCGAUCCGGAGGCGUUCUUGAAGCAAAAGCCACGCUCCAUCCGCCACAAGCUGGUCUCGUUGACGCUCAAGCGCAAGAACAAACUGGGCGAGGACGUUCGCCGCAGGCUACAGGAUGAAGAGUACACCGCCGAUAGCUACCAAUCGUGGUUGGAAUCGCGUCCAACGUCCAACCUCGAGAAGCUGCACUUCAUCAUAGGUCACGGAAUCUUGCGGGCGGAGUUGCGUGAUGAGAUCUACUGUCAGAUUUGCAAGCAACUAACCAACAACCCUUCGAAGUCGUCGCAUGCCCGGGGUUGGAUUUUGCUAUCGCUCUGUGUCGGUUGCUUUGCCCCGUCGGAGAAGUUUGUGAACUAUCUCCGCAGUUUUAUCCGUGAAGGUCCUCCCGGCUAUGCGCCAUACUGCGAGGAGCGACUUAAGCGAACGUUCAACAAUGGUACACGCAAUCAACCACCAUCGUGGCUCGAACUUCAGGCGACUAAAUCGAAGAAACCGAUCAUGCUACCGAUCACCUUCAUGGACGGUAACACCAAAACGCUGCUAGCAGAUUCGGCCACGACUGCCCGCGAACUUUGCAACCAGCUUUCGGACAAGAUCACACUGAAGGACCAGUUUGGCUUCUCGCUGUACAUCGCGCUGUUCGACAAAGUGUCAUCACUCGGAAGUGGCGGAGAUCACGUGAUGGACGCCAUCUCACAGUGUGAACAGUACGCGAAGGAACAAGGCGCCCAGGAACGCAACGCACCAUGGCGACUGUUCUUCCGCAAGGAGAUCUUCGCCCCGUGGCAUAACCCGAUCGAGGAUCAGGUAGCGACCAACCUCAUCUACCAGCAGGUCGUGCGGGGUGUCAAAUUUGGCGAGUACCGAUGCGAUAAGGAGGAGGAUCUGGCGAUGAUUGCCGCCCAGCAGUACUACAUCGAGUACAGCACCGACAUGUCGAUGGAUCGGUUGUACACGCUGCUGCCAAACUUCAUCCCGGACUACUGUCUGACCGGCAUCGAGAAAGCGAUCGAUCGCUGGGCAGCACUGGUUCUAACGGCGUACAAGAAAAGCUACUACCUGAAGGAUAAGGCAGCGGCCCUCAAGGUGAAGGAGGACGUGGUCAGCUACGCCAAGUACAAGUGGCCACUAUUGUUUUCGCGCUUCUACGAAGCCUAUAGGAACUCGGGUCCCAAUCUUCCGAAGAACGACGUCAUCAUUGCGGUCAACUGGACCGGUGUGUACGUGGUGGACGAUCAGGAGCAGGUGCUACUCGAGUUGUCCUUCCCGGAGAUAACGGCCGUGUCGAGCCAGAAGACGAACAAAGUGUUCACGCAAACGUUCUCCUUGUCGACGGUCCGGAACGAGGAGUUUACCUUCCAGAGCCCGAACGCCGAGGACAUCCGGGAUUUGGUGGUGUACUUCCUGGAGGGACUAAAGAAACGCUCAAAGUAUGUGAUAGCACUGCAAGACUACAAAGCACCGGGAGAGGGAACAAGUUUCUUAUCCUUCCUGAAGGGCGAUUUGAUUAUUUUGGAGGACGAAAGCACCGGUGAAACGGUACUCAACUCUGGCUGGUGUAUAGGUUGUUGCGAGAGAACACAAGAACGUGGCGAUUUUCCGGCAGAGAUAGUGUACGUCUUGCCGACACUCACGAAGCCACCGCCGGAUAUACUGGCCCUGUUCAGCGUGGAAGAUGCACACCACGGUAAGCGACUCAACUCGGUGCACUCGAACGGCAGCACGGAAGGUCGCGAUCGGCCGCACAGUCUGGCGGAGUACUCUCUGGAUCACUUCCGGCCGCCACCGAAGCGCACCAUGUCCAAGGCGCUCAGUACGCUCAGCUCGAAGGGCCGCGGUGGGGACGAGCUGUGGCGUUACUCGCGCGAACCACUCAAGCAACCGCUGCUGAAGAAGCUGCUGGCCAAGGAGGAGCUAGCCGAGGAGUCGUGCCUAGCGUUCGUUGCCAUCAUGAAGUACAUGGGAGACCUGCCAUCGAAGCGGCCACGCAUCGGCAACGAAAUCACCGACCACAUCUUCGACGGGCCGCUCAAGCACGAGAUCCUGCGCGACGAGGUGUACUGUCAGCUGAUGAAGCAGCUGACCGACAACCGCAACCGGCUGUCGGAGGAGCGCGGCUGGGAACUGAUGUGGCUGUCGACGGGUCUGUUCGCCUGCAGCCAGCAAUUGCUGAAGGAGCUGACGUUGUUCCUGCGGACCCGACGCCAUCCGAUCUCGCAGGACUCACUGCACCGGCUGCAGAAGACGAUCCGCAACGGACAGCGCAAGUACCCCCCGCACCAGGUCGAGGUGGAAGCGAUUCAGCACAAGACAACCCAGAUCUUCCACAAGGUGUACUUCCCGGACGACACGGACGAAGCGUUCGAGGUGGACUCGUCGACGCGCGCCAAGGACUUCUGCCACAACAUCUCGCAGCGGCUGAACCUGCGCUCGAGCGAGGGCUUCAGCCUGUUCGUGAAGAUCGCCGACAAGGUCAUCUCAGUGCCAGAGGGAGAUUUCUUCUUCGACUUUGUGCGCCACCUGACGGACUGGAUCAAAAAGGCGCGACCGACGCGGGACGGCUCGAAUCCGCAGUUCACCUACCAGGUGUUCUUCAUGAAGAAGCUCUGGACAAACACGGUCCCAGGGAAGGACAAGAACGCCGACCUGAUCUUCCACUACCACCAGGAGUUGCCGAAGCUGUUGCGUGGCUAUCACAAGUGCUCGAAGGAGGAAGCGAUCAAGCUGGCCGCCCUCGUGUACCGGGUGCGGUUUGGCGAAAGCAAACAGGAACUUCAAGCUAUACCACAAAUGCUACGUGAGCUGAUACCGUCGGAUUUGAUUAAGCUUCAGAAUGUAAACGAUUGGAAGCGAUCGGUCGUGGCGGCCUACAACCAGGAUGCCGGUAUGUCGCCGGAGGAUGCCAAAAUCACCUUCCUGAAGAUCGUGUACAGAUGGCCAACGUUUGGUUCGGCGUUCUUCGAGGUGAAACAAACAACCGAACCCAACUACCCGGAGAUGCUGCUGAUCGCGAUCAACAAGCACGGUGUUAGCUUAAUUCAUCCCACAUCGAAGGACAUUCUGGUGACGCACCCGUUUACGCGCAUCUCGAACUGGUCGUCCGGCAACACGUACUUCCACAUGACGAUCGGAAAUCUGGUGCGCGGCUCGAAGCUUCUCUGCGAGACCUCCCUCGGUUACAAGAUGGACGAUCUACUCACGUCCUACAUCUCGCUCAUGCUGACCAACAUGAACAAACAGCGCACGAUUCGAGUCAAGUGA